AUAUAUUAUGUCUAUGGAUAAUGGUAAUGAAGUGGUAAUGUAAUGUGAUAAUAAUUUAUCCGCAAAAAUAAAGUGAAGUGAUUUUGGAGUACCAAAUUGUAACUUUUGUAGUUUGGAACAUAAUAUAUGCAUAGUCAUCGCUCUAAGAAACGGCAUUGACAAACACGACUUGGAAAUCUUGCAUAUUCUGAAUAAGCAAUUUGGUCACGUAUUUUCGACGAUUCUACAGAUACGUGACACUCUCAUACAAGUUUGAGUCGUGCGUCAACAUGGUUUGUGUGCCUUGCUUCAUCAUCCCGCUGCUGCUGUUCAUUUGGCACAGAUUUAUCCAGCCAUACGUGCUUCGAUUCUGGAAUCCUUGGGCAGUGAAGGACGCGGACGGAAACGUAGUGAAGACGGAAGCCCCUUUCAGUUGUGAAGGAGGAGUUUGUAUGUUUGGAAAGAAGAAGUUGGAGAACAAAGCAGAUGAAGACAAGGGCAGCGAAGCGUCAAAAGACGACAAAGAAAAGUGCAAUGAGCGACUAAAAGCAGAAUAGUUUGUUGAUGUUUCCAUUGUUUCUUAAUAUAUGUGUUGUUAGAGCAAGUGCAUUUACCUUGUAACUGUACAUACUUUUAUCUUUAACUUUAUGUGAUUCUUUGUUUUUAAUACUUGCACUUGUAGUAUUCAAAUUCAUUUAUUUAGGAAGUGUAAAAAAAACUAUAUUAUUUUGUUGUGUUAUUGGAGAUGUCAGCUAGAUGAAUUUUAUAUUAUAGCAUGUUGAGUAUUAAAUCGAUUUAAAUAUAACUUUGUAAGGCCCACAAUACAAAAUCUUACUCAUUAUAAUUUUCAACUUGUUCUAUAAUCAAAUUGGAAUGCAUUUAAUUUGUUUGAAAAAGCUAUGAAACAAAAGGAAUGCUACUUUAUUUGGAUCAAGAAGGGUUUAUUUCAGGUUGCAAUGAAUAUAUAAUGAACAUGAGUCUUAUAAGGAUAAUUUUAUUAUUGUGACCACUGCACAUUGCUGCAGAAAACAUUCCUGUAUAUUUAAUUGUCAAUUUUACCGAUUUUUAUAUGCACAUAAUCUCAAUAGGAUAACUUUUGGUUGCUUUUGAACUUAUUUGUACUACUCAAAAUGUAUGAGUACUUUUUUAUUCCAUACACUCAUUUGAGCUGUAGAAAAGAGUGAUUUCCCAUAGCAUAAGUAGCAAACAUUCCUUGUCAACUGAUGCACCACUUGGGUGGCUGACAUGGGAUAUUGCUUUUUUUUUCAACGUUUUGUUUAGCAAAUUUAAAUAUCAGGUAAAAUCCUUAGUAAUAUUUUGGUUAUAUGAAACUACUGGAAUGCAAUAAAUAUUAUAAUAUGACUAGGUUUAUUAUACUGUUAAAAGUUACACCAAGAAAAGUCUGUAGCGAUUUUGAUAGCCCACACAGUGAUAGUACAUAAAUAACACACUGCAUGGGCUAUCAAAAUCGCUGCAGAUUUUUCUUGGUGUAACUCUACUGUCUUGACUAAUGUGAAAUAAAACAAUGGUACUGGAAUUCGGAAAUUUUAUUCCUGCGAUUCUAUUGCCAUGAUUUCAUUAGUGACAAAUAUAUUGCUUGUGUAAAUGUACUGAAGUUAAUCACAUAUGAAUAUGACAUAUAAAAUAUAACAACCAGACGGCAAUAUUCAAUGCAGGUAGUUUUUACAAUUUAUUGACUUACAAAAGAGGCCUUUAAUUAUUAAAACUGCCAAAUGUAAGUAGAUCUUCUACUGAUUAUGAU